AGCAACUGCCAGGCCUCAAAGUUCGCCAGACAGCUUGGGAGGGACUCCGCUCUGGACAGCAGUACAUGGGACAGAGGCCGUGGUACAUCACCCUCGUUUUCCUCCGGCCAGCGAUCUGACGAGGGACACAGGGUCCAACCGCUGGACCCCGAUCUCUUUGCCCCAAGCUUCCUGGGGCCUUUCCUCGGACUCCUUUGCCCAUCCAGCAUCCCUGCUACCCCCAGGCCCCCUCAGCUACAGUUUGCAGUUUCCCUGUGGCAAGGAGCCAUGAGGUCCCGGCUUUUGCUUUCUGUGCCCCAUCUGCCCACAAUUCGGGAGACCUCAGAGGAGAUGCUGCCUGUGGGGCCCGGAGAGGAACCCCCUGCCUCCCCGAGCCUGGAUGACUACGUGAGGUCCAUUUGUCAGCUGGCACAGCCCACCUCAGUGCUGGACGAGGCUGCAGCCUGGGCCCGGCCUCGUAGACCCCACCGACCAGGCCGUUCCUGCGAGAAGAGCCGCUCUGAUGGGUCCCUUCAGGACAUUACCACCCACUUCAGCGGCCAGCAGCCUGCGCUGCCCAGGGCCGGCCCGGCUGACCCCCUGGACUGGCUCUUUGGGGAGUCUCAGGAAAAGCGGCCAAGUAGAAGGGACCUGCCAAGGAGGACUGGACUCCCUGCGGACCCCCAGGCUCUGCGUAGAGAAACCAACAGCGGCAAGGCCCAGGGGGGCCCCAAAGGGAGGCUGUGCGAGGCCAGGGCCCCAGAGCACUCUCUGGAGAGACCACUGAGGAACUGGCACCAGUGCUCCCCAGCUUCCGUGCAACCUGGCAGGGAUGCAGCCUCCUCCACAAGUCCCCGCCGCAGCAGCAUCCUCAGAACUCUUUAUUUGCACCUCCCCGUGAUCCAUGAACUCUGACCUCUCCCCAAUAAAGGCUUCUGUAAAUAGUA